GUCUUACCGGUAGAGUGAGUAAUUAUUGUUUUUGUGCCAGUGAAACGUAAAAUGUGAUUGCCAUUUUAUAGUGAGGUAUGGUUCAUAUUUUGGAACAGAUAAUAUAAGGUCUCACGCGUAUGAUCGGUCUGUGUGAAAUAUUCGCUCGGCGAGAGCAUACACCGCAGUGGUCAAACACCAUAUUAAAGUGACUCAAUAAUACGCGAAUAUUGUAACCAGCACCAAAAUGUUGUUAUCCUUUAUUCUUCUGGGCAUCUUAUCAGUGACACACAUUAGCCACGCUGGUCCCUUACGGAAUAGAUAUUCAAAAUAUCUGGAACUGGAUGCAGUCGAGAGACUCAUAGAAUACAUCCGUAUAGACACGAGCCGAGAAGAAAAUAUCAAACAUGCAAUUGAUUUCUGGGUACGUCAAGCUAAUGAUGCGGGUUUGCCUUACACCGUCUAUGCUCCGGCCGGCAAGCCAAUAUUUGUGACUACUUUGGAGGGCUAUGACCCUUCCCUACCCAGUAUUAUGCUCAACUCACAUAUGGACGUAGUCACAGUUGAUGAGACUGAAUGGAUGUACCCCCCAUUUUCUGGCUAUAUGGACGCAAACGGUGACAUUUUUGGCCGUGGAACACAAGACACGAAAGACGUAGGCGUGCAGUACAUGGAAGUUCUUCGCAAAUUCAAGAAAGAUAACAUAACUUUAGCACGGACCAUUCAUCUUACUGUCAUGCCAGAUGAAGAAACUGGUGGCAAGAAAGGAAUGCAGGCGUUUAUCAAAACGAAACAAUUUAAGGCACUGAACAUUGGUUUCGCUUUAGACGAAGGACUAACAUCUGAUGACGAUACUUUAAUUGCAACAUACAUUGACAGAAGACCUUGGCAGAUGGAAUUCACAGUGCAUGGAGAAGGCGGUCACGGUUCCUCCAUAGCCGAAGAAACUGCUUCUGAAAAGCUUUACAAGUUAACUGACACCAUCAUGGCGUACAGAGAAAUUCAGAAAGGCAUCACGAGGACGAAGAAUGCUACAGAUUACUCUGGAUUUAACAGUAUCAAUAUUAAUAUAUUCCGCGGUGGGCAGGCUCCAAAUAUAAUACCUUCGAAAAUGUCCCUCGUUGUCGACAUGAGGCUGGCUCCCGAAGCUGAAGCUAGCGAAAUGCAAGCUUUGGUGGAUUCUUGGGUGCGAGAAGCCGGUAACGGCACAGAGUUGACGUUCAUCCGUCAUGAGAAAGUAUCACUGCCUACUGCUUUAGACGAUUCUAACCCAUAUUGGGUAACGUUUAGAAAUACUUUAAACAACAUGGGUAUCACAGUGAGAACGAUGGUGUGUCCAGCGACGUCCGACAUUAUGGCCAUCCGGAACCUCGGCAUACCAGCCCUAGGGUUCUCGACUAAAGCCAACACCAUCUCAAGAAUACAUGCCAAGGAUGAAUACAUAAAUGUCGAGACUUUCCUCCGAGGCAUCGAAAUAUACACUGAAUUAGUAAAGAAUUUAGGAAAUUUAAAAAAUUGUUAAUAAGCCAUGUCUGUGAUAAGUAAAAUAGUCAUAAAAUAUUUGUAGAAAAAUUAAUAAAAUAAUUAAAAAAUUA